AUGGCAGCUGAGUUUCACCUCAUAGAACUGACCUACUAUGAAAUCGUUGAAAAAAGUGAAAGAGAGUGCAUAAAAGAACAUGCAGGGGAUCGGGCAGCUAGGUUUGCCAACACCAAAGGUCCUGCAGGGGAUUGGGCAGCUAGGAUUGCCAACACCAAAGGUCCUGCAGGGGAUUGGGCAGCGAGGUUUGCCAACACCAAAGGUCAUGCAGGGGAUCGGGCAGCUAGGUCUGCCAACACCAAAGGUCCUGCAGGGGAUCGGGCAGCUAGGUUUGCCAACACCAAAGGUCCUGCAGGGGAUCGGGCAGCUAGGUCUGCCAACACCAAAGGUCCUGCAGGGGAUCGGGCAGCUAGGUUUGCCAACACCAAAGGUCCUGCAGGGGAUCGGGCAGCCAGGUUUGCCAACACCAGUAUCGGCCCUUUCCAAAAUAACAAAAAACAAGCUAAACUGUGA